AAACGUUUGAAUUCAAAGUAGAUACUAAACAUGGUGAUAAAACGAUAAAUUGGAUUUAUCCCGGGUAAGGGGGGGAAAGCCGAUAAGAUGGCUAAAUCAUAUGGCGAACCGCGGACUUUCGUCCGGUUACCAAUCCAUGUCGGGUAUUGGACUAGUUAGCCAGUUAUUUUGCUUUCAGAUGCAUGGACUUGAUUGCACUGAUUUUCGUGGAUUUCGGAUAUGUCCCCUGCGUAGUGUGCUAGAUUUUACCCUGUUGUAUUGCAGUUGAUAUGAUGAGUUUUAACAAGAUAACAAAUGCUAUUUAAUCAUUUUAGGGUUGUAUUUUUAGGACAGUUCCGGACUUUAAAAUGCUAUAAUUUUACUAUUUUUACUGGCAUAAAAUCCGCUAAACGCUUAAAGCAAAUAUCGCCACGAUGUCAUAUCAUCAUCGCCAGUUUAUCCAGUCGACUUUUUCAAAUCAGCAAAGCAAGCAAGGCUUUGAAUGCCUAAUAUAUUUUGUAUAAACACGUCGAGAUUUACAUCCCAAGUUGUUCACUUGCAAGUCAAAUAUAUACAAUGAAUAAGUGACGUAAUACAUGUUCAAUAUUUGACAAAUUAAACGUCUUGUCCAAUUGUUCUGAUUGUCACAUCGCAAUCGUUUUAAUUUUUAUCAAACGUAGAAUAGUUUUUAGCAUGAAAUGAAUGAUAUAUUUAGGACAGAUUUCAAUUAUAUAUAAAGAUGGUUUGAUUCUUUGAGUGCAUUAUUUUCGCGAUGUGACAUGCUUGCUGAUUAUUGGAGGGUCAACGAAUAAAUUUGCAAAUUAUUGCAACAAAAAUUUGUGAUUUUAUUGAAACUUUGCCAUAAAGCUAAAACAUAAACUAAUCAAUUACGGUGUUUCAUGAAAUGAGUAAACAUAUUGCAACAAUUGACUGGUUGCUCGUUUUACAUUACUAUGAAAUAAAAAUGAUUUUAUGACCAUUCUGCCGCAUCAUACAUCAUGCAAUCAAAUAGGUUUAUUUCGAAAGUAAUAUAUGUGUCAGAAAAGUCAAAUAGGGUAACUUCCGCGACAUAAAUAAACACAUCAAAUGUCAAUCAUAAUUGACGCAAUUAAAGUUGGAACUCUGCCUCAGACGCAGAAUAAUCGUUGAAGUAGUUGAAGUAUCCAAAAUGAAGUACAUGCCACUUGCUUUGUUGGGGUACAUGAAGAUAUUAUGUGUAUCAGGACAAAUGUCUUUAAACAUACAAUUGGGAGGUGAAACGACGGAUUCAUCAUGUCAUCACCAAGAAAUAAUUAAAGCAGCGACUAAAGAUGAAUUCGUAAAACAAAUGAGACAAAGACUAACAUCUAUUUUUAUCGAAAAUCCCGUACAUGAUGUCAUUAUAUCUACUGAGUUUUAUCAAGAUGGCGGUUACUACCCAACACACAUGACAUCAACGUCUGACGAUGAUAUCAUUCCCAGUAUUGAAAACGUGGCUACAACCCAAGCUGCCGAGGAUUACGACGAAACUUGGCCUGCAGUAGAAUUUGACCAUAGCACAAUAACAAAUUAUGACGUUUCCAGUUCGUUAAUUACUGAUACAACAAUAUCAAGCCAUUUCCUCACAACCACUGAAAUCAGUUAUUUAACGACGAGAGAUAGCGUAACCAAAACAGUAAAACAGCGAACUACUAAGAAAAUACAGGAUUCAACAUUUUCCAGUAUGCCAACUACUGUAAUCAACGAUACCACCAGUGAUACUACCUCAGAUUACGGUAACUCCACGAUGACUGAGUUGCUCACGACUGCAGUUUCACAGAUUUCAGAAAAGUGUGACUUCAUGUACACAUCAAUAUGCUUCCGAGCAAUCUGGUAUUCAAUUGAUAACGUCACCUACACGGGUGCUAAAAUCAUUUGCGAAAUGGCCGCAGGAAAGCUUGCUGACAUACGCAGUAACGACCACUUUGAUCUAUUUGUCUAUGUCAUUCAAAGAAAAACAUUUGCAGGAACAACAAAAAUGAUGUUAUGGACAGGAAUGACAUACAAGAAUCAGCGUACAUAUUUAUCAUCUGGUAACAUUGCGAAUCUACCUCAAAACCUGUGGUACAUAGGAGAGCCCACAUCUGACAAAGAUAAGACUAGAAUCGGAAUUAUUGUGAAUGGAAAUAUGCACGGGCUUUCCACCUCUAUUCCUGCGUCAGAUUAUAAUGGAGCACUAUGUGAAAUAAACGAAUUCUGAUAUGUUCAACCUACAGGCUACAGUACUGUCGUUUAAACUUUAAACUAUCAUCUGCACAAAAUUUGCUGUCACGGCAAUGAACUUUGCGCAACUUGCUUGAAAAACGAAACCGUCGUAAACUUUUACCACGAUAACUUCCCAAGAUAUUACCAAUUUGUUAACAAUUAAAGGAGAGAAGAUUUAGAAUUUCUGACGAGAAAUGUUAUAGUCCUGUUGCACAAAACUACGCCAGUUAUAAGCAUCAUUAAAUGAUAAUACUAAUAAUUUUUGGCAUUAAAUUUAAUUUAGGAAUUGUAGUAUUAUUUCUAUACGACGCUUACUCACGCCUUUUGCCCAGAACAACGCCCUAUAAAUAUAUGAUUAUAUUAAUGUAAUUCACUGAAGUGCGUUUUUUUUUCUUGUAUAAAAUAUCUUUUGAUAUUUCUUUCUCCUAUUAUUUGGAGCGUAUUUUGCUUUGUGAUUUGGUUGCAAAAGUUAGUAAGAAACACCAAUUUUGGACAGCUGAUUUAUUUUAUUUGUACCCAAAUUAUGGAAAUACAAAUGAAAAUGAAAACUA